CUGAGCACCACGCGCGCUCAGGACAGUUCACAGAUUUGCAAGGAGUACAUAUCUUCGUUUAUCUGUGCCACCACUAGUGCGAAGUUACCGCCUCUGUAGUUGAAAAUCGUUUGCUAAAUGCACUUUAUUUUUAUUAUAGGGGAUUUUAGAAAUUAGUAGAGGAUUAUUUUAUUGGUUUCCCUGAACCGUCGCGACACAGGCAAGUGGAAACUCCUUAUACCGAUAAAGUAUGUAUAUUGGAGACGUGUGAACUAUUUUACGUUUAUAUUAUUUUUCAGCUAACAAUUUUCUGAAAGAAACUGGACUGUCGAAAGAUUUGUAGAGGACUCGAUCGAGUAGGCAAUUAUCCGUUAUGGAUGCGUGACGUUGAUCGCAGUGCGGUGAUAUUACAAGGAACACGGGCAAAACUGUAGCCUAAAAGGCAAUCUCAAGCUGUUGGAUGUGGUCUGUACAGGGCAGGGGUGAGGACUUGGACCUCAACUAUGAAAUGAAUCAGUCGUCCGACGUCUUCAUUUUUAUCCCCCAAAGACACAUCUAGUCAUGGGGUGAAGAGGAUGAGGUAGAGACUGCGGGGAUAGUCUAUAUGGGAGGGAACAUGGAAUUUUCUCUAUUAUAUAAUCUUUGACAAAAACUGCUUAUUAGUGGGAGACCAUUACAAGCCAUUUUGCCUGACCCCUUUCCCCUUUCCCUUUUUAGCAGGAGAAACAGACAACGUUUAGUGAUCAUUAAUACUUUAGGAAAUAAUCAAUGUAAUUGCACCACAACACUUGGCUGUUGAGAUCAUAACACAUCUCGACUGAAGUUAACAAGGAGAACACAGGUUUAUGACAAGUGCCACUGGUGUGUAAUUCUCUUUAUUUGACUGAUCUUUUAUUACACAGUAACCCUCUAUGUUUGCUUCUCUAUAAGAGAGAAUCAUAUUGAAUUGUCAAGAUGGAUAUGGUGCAUUUAUUGUUUCAGAUUUCAACUAUACCUCUCUGUCUCUUGUUUCUCUACCUUGAUCCACCUCUCUUUUAUGGUUUGAUUUUGGUUGAUAAUUUGGAAUAAUGACACCUGACGCCCAAAGCCCUGGAUUUCAACCCUCCACCAUCCUUCAAGAUGCUGAAUUUAAAGACACUAAGUAUUCAGCUAACCCCAGUCAGUUGUACCACUUACUUGUUUUUCAACUUUGCACCGUUAUCUUGGUUUAGCCAUCUCUUAUGGACCUAGAACAAUUGCAGCCAACCCCAUCUUGCAUUGUGAUAUUUGAUAUGUAAUAAUUAGAGAAACUGUCGACACACUCUGUUGUGUCCCUUGACCUCUCUGAAUCUCUGAAAGGCUUUUUGCGUAAAGUAGAAAGGGACAAAAACAAUCUCCAAGUUCAUCUUCCUCCAGCCCCCCUGUCCGUCCUCCCCUCUCCCCCCCCACUCAUCAGGGCUGGUGGGGGGGUGGGAUCUGGAGCUCCAGGGUCGUAGCGGCGGAGGUGGUGGUACCCUGGAGCCUCCCUGGAGCAAGGCCUCCCACCAUGGAGACCAGCCCCGAGAGCCCCAACCGUGCCGUGGAGUACCUCCUAGAGCUCAACAACAUAAUCGAGAGCCAGGCCAAGCUCCUGGAGACACAGCGGCGGCGCAUCGAGGAGCUGGAAGGCCAGCUGGACCGAGUCAGCCAGGAGAACCAGGACCUGAGGCUGGAAAGACCCACUCCUCCACGAGCCCCGGAGCUCCCCGAACAGAACCAUAGCAACACCAACCACAGAUCAGAGAAGCCCCCCUCCCUGCCCAUCCACCCUGGCAGCAGUAGUAGAGGUAAUGGCAGCACCACCAGCCCGGUCACUGCCCCACCCCCUGCGGUGGUGGUGCCCCCUGCAGGGCCGAGCCGGGAGAGACGUGCCCACACCAGGCUGACCCGGGGCAUGUCCUGUGGCUCAAACCCAGCCGAGAGGGAGCAGCGGGAGAGACUGGAACACACAGACAGCUCCGAUACCAACAGCUCCACCAUCCGCAGAAAUGUGGAAGCAGAAACCCGAUGUGUGGAGCCGCCAGGGCCCCACAUAGACGGCCCUUACAGCCAGACCACAGCGUACCUGCGUGGCACCGAGCGCUACAGUGACAACAGCAGGUGUCCUGGUCCUCCAGGCCCCCGUGGACUUCCGUGUGUGGCCCCUCCCAGCUCGGCCAGCCUUGCCUGGGCACUGCGAACACGUCAUCAGCCGGCCAGUCUGGCCCUCCGCAAGCAAGAGGAGGAGGAGAAUAAGAGGUGCAAGGCCAGUCUCUCUGACAGCUAUGAGCUCUCCACAGACCUACAGGACAAGAAGGUGGAGAUGUUGGAGAGAAAGUACGGUGGCUCCUUCGUGAGCCGCAGAGCAGCCCGGACCAUCCAGACGGCCUUCCGCCAGUACCGUAUGAACAAGAACUUUGAGCGCCUCCGCAACUCCGCGUCCGAGAGCCGCAUGACACGACGCAUCAUCCUGUCCAACAUGCGGCUGCAGUACUCAUUUGACGACCGCCAGGCGCAGCAGCAGGGGACCGGAACACAGACAAACUUCACACACAGUGUGGGUAUCGGCCCUCCUCAUUCACCUGACACAGAGCGGACAGGAGACUACACACACCUAGAAGACUCCUUCUCCAAACAGGUAAAGUCCCUGGCUGACUCCAUAGAUGACGCCCUGACCUGCCGUGGAGGACGGGAUGACUCCCAAGAGGGUAGCAGGGAGGGCGGAGGCAUCAGUGAUGACUUUGGGGAGUGUGUGUGGAGCAGCAGCAGUAACCCCUCAUCCCGCAGAGGCCUGGGUGAGAGAUCCCGAGGAGGUGGAGGAGGCCUCAGCAUGCACGGAGACAGCACAGCCACCUCCUACAGUGAUGUCACUCUAUACAUGGAUGACUGCAUGCCCUCCUCGCCCCUGUCUCUGGACCGGGCCCCCAGCAGCACAGACACAGAGUACUGGGGCCCCAGGGGAGGCGUGGGGGGCCGUGAGGACAGCAGGGAUACUGAGGGAGGGGGUAGUAGUAACAGCCGUCGCGCACCCCCCUGCACGGAGUGUCGAGACUACCGUCUAAGGGGCGCCCACCUGCCCCUGCUCACCAUCGAGCCUCCCAGCGACAGCUCCGUGGACACUAGCGACCGUUCAGACCGUGGCUCCCUCAGCAGACAGAUCUAUGAGCAGGAGCCAGCAGGAGGAGCAGGCUCGCCUCAGGGAACACUCAAACACUCCCCUAACACUCCCCGCCCUACACCCCCUCGUCAUCGUCCUCCCCCCAGCAGCCCCCCACCACCCCCCUGUCCUCCUCCUCCUCUGCUGCGCUGCCCCCCUGGUGGCCUAGAGCAGCCCUGUCUGUCUGACGGGGACAACGACUCUCUCAACUCCACCACCAACUCCAAUGAGACGGUGAACUGCAGCUCUGGCUCCUCGUCUCAGGACAGCUUGAGGGAGCCCCUACCCCCUCUGGGCAAGCAGACCUACCAGAGAGAGAGUCGACACAGCUGGGACUCACCGCCAUUCAACAACGACGUGGUGCAAAGACGCCAGUACCGCAUCGGACUCAACCUAUUCAACAAGAAGCCAGAGAAAGGGAUCCAGUACCUGAUCGAGAGAGGCUUUGUGUCCGACACUCCAGUCGGGAUCGCUCGCUUCAUCCUGGAGAGGAAGGGCCUGAGCAGACAGAUGAUUGGAGAAUUCCUUGGUAACCGGCAAAAACAGUUCAACAAGGACGUACUGGAUUGUGUGGUGGACGAGAUGGAUUUCUCUGGGAUGGACCUGGACGAUGCUCUGAGGAAGUUCCAGGCCCAGAUCAGAGUUCAAGGAGAAGCCCAGAAAGUAGAGAGGCUCAUAGAGGCUUUCAGUCAGCGGUACUGUGUGUGUAACCCAACACUGGUCCGCCAGUUCCAGAACCCAGACACCAUCUUCAUCCUGGCCUUCGCCAUCAUCCUCCUCAACACGGAUAUGUACAGCCCUAACGUUAAGGCAGAGAGGAAGAUGAAGAUAGAGGACUUCAUCAAGAACCUCAGAGGAGUGGACAAUGGCCAGGACAUUCCCAGGGAUCUGUUGGUUGGGAUCUACCAGCGCAUCCAGAAGUGGGAGCUAAGGACCAAUGAUGACCACGUGUCUCAAGUGCAGGCGGUGGAGAGAGUCAUAGUAGGCAAAAAGCCUGUGAUGUCUCUGCCACACCGCAGGCUGGUAUGCUGCUGUCAGCUCUAUGAGGUGCCUGACCCCAACCGACCCCAAAGGACAGGAGUUCACCAACGGGAGGUCUUCCUGUUCAACGACCUGCUGGUGGUGACUAAGAUUUUCCAGAAGAAGAAGACUUCUGUGACGUACAGUUUCAGACAGUCCUUCCCUCUAGUGGAGAUGCAAGUCCACAUGUUCCAGAACUCCUACUACCUCCACGGUAUCCGCCUGACCUCAGCAGUGUUGGGUGGGGACAGUAAGGUCCUUAUCGUGUUCAUGGCUCCCAGUCAGCAGGACCGCACCCGCUUUGUCAGUGACCUGAGAGAGAGUAUAGCUGAGGUGCAGGAGAUGGAGAAGUACAGAGUAGAGUCUGAGUUGGAGAAGCAGAAAGGGGUGAUGAGGACUGGCCUGCUGACCGGCUUGGUCGGAGGCGGAGUGGGGGUGAAGGGUGAGGUGGUGAACGGCACCCUGGGAAGGCCCAGUCUAGAUGACAACUACUCUGCGGGAGAGGGACUGAAACGCUCCGCACUCAGCUCAUCCCUCCGAGACCUAUCAGACGGAGGGAAACGUGGUCGCAGUAACAGUGUUGGCUCCCUCGACAGUACCAUGGAAGGUUCCAUCAUUAGCAGCCCCCGGCCCCACCAGUGUUACCCGGUUCCGGGCGUGAUCCCAGGCUGCUACCCUACAGAAGACUACCGGCCGCAUCGCCCCAUCCUGAGCCCCGGAACAGGGGUGGGGGGUGGGCCGGGGCAACAACAGACCGCUGCUGGGAUGGGAGUUGGAGGGGUUCCCAGCAGUGUAGAGAGAGCAGGAGUGGGGAGCGGCCCUGGGGGGGGCAAUACGGGCUCCUUCCUGGGCUCUCUAUUCGGCAGCAAACGCGCCAAACCGCCAAGUCCCCUUAUACCACCGGGGCCACCCUACCCCGCCCCUGUCCCCCCACCCACUACGGGAGGGCCCCCUCCUCACUCCCCAUCAUCUCUGUGCCAGUCAGAGGGGGGCCCUUCCAAGAUCCAGGCCCUGCAUGCUCAGUACUGCCACACAGCCGUCGUGCAGCCCCCUCCCCCCUACUACCAUCACCAUCGCUACCACGUCCAAGCUGGCCCUCCUCCCUUGCCAGGCGGGGGCGUGCCCCCUCAUAUCCUUCAGAGAGGGCCGCUCCCCUGUCGCCCUCCUUUUGGCCCCCCUCACGCCCAGCUCCAGCAGCUGGCCCAUCUCUCCCAGUUUUCCCAGCAUGGCAUGCAGGGUCGCUACGGCAACAUAGCGGUGGGCUGUCCUCCCCCCCUUUCUCCUCACUCCCAACAUUCCCAGAACCCCCAGUUCGCCCUGUACCACACGCAAACCCCACAAUCUAUCAGGGGAGGCGCUGUGCCAAGCAAACCUCCUCUGACUUUGUCUCACUCCCACCCCCACGCACACUCCCACACCCACCCCGGGCACCCACUCAGUGCCGCGCCACACCCCACUGCCCACCCACAUCAGUCUCACUUCAUUUUUGGCACGCUGCCCCACCAACAUCAGCACCAGCAGCCGCCCGCCUCCGUCAACGCCCAUCACGCUACGUCCGCCGCCCAGUAUCAGCCCCAGUACCCUCCUCUCUCUUCCAUCCCCCUCCCCCCCCACUCCCCUUUACCCCCCUUCUAUCCCCCUUACCCCUCUUACGCCUCUCUGCCCUCACCCCCCCCAGCACCCCGGGCAGCCUCAGCAGGGGCCCCAGGUGACGGGGGCUGGGGCGACUGGCACAGGGGUCAGCUCCAAAUCCAAACCUAUCAACCGGAUCAGCACGGUAGUGUGAGGAACAGAACAUGGGGGCACAGAGGGCAGAGGUCAGAGGGCACGAUGGAGGAAGUGGGCAGAGCUAGGGCCAGAGAUAGAGCCAGGGCUUGUAGAGGUGAGCAGGACAGCAGCAGCAGUAACAACAGCGCCAGUGACAAAAAGAAACGCAACUUAUUUCGCCUCUGCUACUUUCAUCUCCGCUUCCCACACAUGUAGACAGAGAGACCAGAAGAGAGAGUUGGAGCUGGAUAGCAUGUAUAUACCUGAACAGACAAACAUACCUUCACACAUACAGUACAGGACACACAGGCAGAAUCAACACACAUAAAGCAAAAAACACCCACAUGUAUGCACACAAAUAUGUUUGUGUAUAGUAUAGGCAAAGGCUAGCACAAUCAUGUAUAUAACACAUACACUCAGUGGUCAGUUUAUUUGGUACACCCAUCUAGUACUAGUACUGGGUCGGGCCCCACUUUGCCUUCAGAACAGCCUGAAUUCUUCAGGGCAUGGAUUCUACAAGGUGUCGGAAAUGUUCCACAGGGAACAUUUGGCAUCACGCAGUUGCUGCAGAUUGGACGGCAGUACAUUGGGUUUGGUCAUCAACAAUGUUCAGAUACACUGUGGCGUUCAGUCGUUGCUCAAUUAGGUUAAAGGGACCUAACGUGUGCCAGGAAAACUUUCUCCACAACAGUAGACCACUACCACCAGCCUGUACCGUUGACACCAGGCAGGAUGGAUCCAUGGGCUCAUGCUGCUUAUGCUAAAUCCUGACUCUCCCAUCAACAUGACGCAACAGGAAUCAGGAUUAGUCAGACCAGGCAUUGUUUUUCCACUCCUCAAUUGUCCAGUGUUGGUGAUCGCCCUCUGUAGCCUAGCUGAUAGGAGUGGAACCUGGUGUGGUUGUCUGCUGCAGUAGCUCAUCCGUGACAAGGAUCGACGACUUGUGCGUUCCGAGAUGUCGUUCUACACACCACUGUUGUACAGCGCCAUUAUUUGUCUGUCUGUUAGCUUGCCUUCGACCUCUCAUCAACAAGCUUUCGCCCAACAAGUUUUAGCCCAGAGGACUGCAGCUAACUGGAUGUUUUCGCACCAUUCUCUGUAAAACCUAGACACUGUAGUGCAUGAAAAGCCGUUUCUGAGAUACUGGAUCCGACGUGCCGAUCAUACCACGCUCAAAGUCACUCAGAUCACUCGUUUUGCCCAUUCUGUUCGAUCGAACAGUAACCAAAUGCCUCGAUGCCUGUCUGCCUACUUUAUAGAGCAAACCACAGCCACGUGACUCGCUCUCUGUAGAAACAAUACAUUUUUCUGAACGGGUGGUUUACCUAAUAAAACUGGCCACUGAGUGUAUACUGCAGUUGUAUAGAGUUUCCGUUGCAGUUUCUCAGGUGUAUUCUAUAAGCUCUCAGCACACAAACUCAUAAGGGAGAGUCACAGUUAGGAGCAAUGAGGUAGAUUGUUGAAGUUGGCAGCAGGCAGGAAAAAGCAUCACACACAUACAAUUAACCAUUUCUAUAGCCAUAGAACGGAUGCUAGUAGUAAAUGUACAGUAGAGGGCCUAUAACCCAGUGUUUCACUGUCUGAAGUAUUAUUGGAAACUCUGGACACUGCCAAGACAUGAGCUUGAAACUUUUUUAAACACAGGUACCAACAUGUAAUUGUGCAACGUUAUUAAUUGGACAAAUCUAGUCUCUCGUAAUGAAGGAAGCAACCAAGAUUUGGUUCUCUGUCGUGGAGAUUCGGAUAAUGCUGACCAAUAGUAAGAGCAACCCCACCCACCUGGAGCUGAAAAAGUCUUCAACACUAAAUACAUUCCAGCAGGGUUGUGCAAUGUAAACAGCCAUUGAGGAUAGUUGCAAAAAAAUGUCUCUUGACUUUGCAAUAAUUUAUUCAGCUUAAUGUCUUUGUUCAUUUCCAUGGCAGGUCUUCAUCACUGAAAGGUAUCCUUUUUGAAUGUAGACCUCAGAGAAAUGUUGCUUUGUCUUAAACUUUUAUGACUAUUGCACGGUUCAAUAGCAGUCUUAGGCUCUAUGGUCUUCUACAUGUUAAGAGAAGUCAUCUAAUUUCAUAAGAUUUACAUGCAUUCCCUAUGGGGUGUGUGGAUUAAUGAUACUACAAAUCAUAUUUUUGAAUGUUUUUAAGCUUUUUUUUGCUGUUGAAUAAAUGUUACAUAUAUACUUGCUAUGAGUAUGAUGAAUAUUGUCUAAUAACAUAACUGUUUUGAUCCAGUGAUUAAUUAUAUAUAAAUAAUUGAUUCAUUAGAUGUUUGAUUAUAAAUGAUUAAACAGAGGAUAUAUACACAUGUAUUAAUUCCCUCAUACAUUUGAUAUGUAACGAGGGUGUUAUAAAGUGUGAUUUCUUUUUGUUCUCUAUGAUGAUUGCCAUCGGUAACUUCUAUUAUCAGUUAUUAUUAUUGAUUGUUGACAAUAUUAGUUCAUAUUUAUGAUUAUUUUUGUUAUAAUAUAGUUGUGUACCCUCUCUAUCUCCCUCCCUUUCUUCUGAACUUACAGUGGCAGUGUCUAAAAAUGGGGUCAUUGGAUUCUAAAUUCACCUUAACAGAUUGGUGACCAUUUUAAAUUAUGUCUAUGUAGACUUAUGUGUUUUGAAUCAACUCUUUCCAGACCCCUUCGAAAUAUCCUCUUAAGGGCUUUGACCUUUGACCUGGUCAUGUACAAUGACCCUCAUUUAAUCGGUGACCCUGCCGUUUAUGUUCUCUCUAUUAUCAGGAGACUCGCUUACAAGCAUCUGGUCUUGUUGAGAGUUUCUCACAUGGUGUGUGUUUGGACAGUAUAUGUCUUUGAACAAGCACGCUUUGUAAUGCAGUUUUGUGAUUUUGCACACGUGGUGUCUUAAAGUCAGAAAUGGCAUUAUUUUAAAAACGCUCCUCCCAUACCCCAUUGCCAGUCCUCAGAGAACUCACCACCACUCAAAUACCCUUCACCCCAGCAACCUUACUAAAUGUGCUUGUCAUUAGAUCAAACAAGUUUGCUCAUCUUCUCCUCUAUCAUCUCUGUCGACCCCCUUUUGAACCUCCUCUCUCUGUCCUUCUAUUGCACUGUGUUAGAACAAUGCUGGGUUUGAGAAGGGAUAAAGGAAGGGACAAAAGGGAAUGAUUACAUUUUAGGAUGGGAAGAUGUAGUUAGAAAUGUUAGACAAUACUUGUUCAAACUAAGAUACAGAUUGAAUAGGAGUAUGUGUAGUCAGGGAAAAAUAAGAGGUUUCAGGGGUGGUUAAUGUUGAAGCUUUGUGUUGGCUAUUUCCUGUCUAAUAUCCUCUAUUGUACCUUUGUGACCCCUCUUGCAUGAAUAUAUCUGCACUUAUUGAAUGGAUUGUACUGUAUAAACAUGAAUGUACAUAUUAUAUUACAAAUACUUCAUAACUUUGGAAAUAAAUAUUUCCAUUUUGUUAUUAAGGUGUGUGCGUGUGCGCGUGCAUGCCUGCGUGUGUGAGAAAGAAAGAGGAGCAGGGGGACUUUGGUCCGAUUGAAUAUUGAAUUAUUUUUAUUUUAGACUGAAGGUUAGAUAAUAAAUUGAAGAACUGAAAUGUUUGUAUGUCAGAGCUCUAAUUGAUAUCAUUUUAAACAUACAACAAGUAUGAUCCUAAGAAUUUAAUUUGUGUAUGUAGUAAGUGUAAACUGAAAGAAUAGAGAAUUGAGAUGUGAAUAUUUAUUGCUUUUGACAUAUUAAAAAGUGUCCUUGCAGUGA